AACUGUGGGUCUUUGUGCAGUCAGAUGCCCAAAGACCAGUACGUACCAGCGUCCCCUCUUUGUUAAGCUUAGAAGCUAGUGUCACUUCCUGCAUAGUUUUACUAGGGGAUACUCACCCCUUUGGAAUCAGGAAUUUCUGAGGUGCAGGCAGGUCACUAAUACCGACUGAAUAUUGCAGGAAUUAGCUUCCCGGCUGCACGUGGUCUUGAAGGGGAAGUCCAGAGGGGCUAAGGCUUAGGGGUGUUGAAGACCAGGAUAUAUUCUCCAACACCAACAGUUUUGAGGAACAGAUGAAUAACCUGCAUUAUUCCAGACACCAGUGAUCUUCAAUCUUUCAAGCAGCAUUUGAGGUUUCAAAAACAGCUAAAAAACACUUGCUUUUUUUUACUACCAAAGCUUACAAAGUACAAAACUGUCAUUUUUUACAGUGAAAUGUAUUUAGAAAAUAAAUGGCAGGUAAUUGAAAAUUAAGCUUAUUAAUGGUACAUAGUUUACAGGGAAGGUUGUUGUAAAAGCACAUUACAGCUCAUAGUGGGGAUAAACUUUACCAGUGGUCAGAAUCUGAAAGUUUUAGUCAAGAAGGCAACUUUUUAAUAUAGACAUGAAAAUACUGAGUAAAUAAACUGCAACAGGUGUUCAGUGUAACCAGAACAAUGAGUAUGUGCAAAAAAGCUGUCAUAUAGAACAUGAAAAAGUUCAUUGCUGACACUUUCUAUGAUUUGCUGAAGGAAAUUAAUUAGCUACUUCAACUGUGGCAUUUUUGUCCUUGCCUUGCAACCAGUGACCUUCAACACCUCCACCUCUACUUCUUACUCUCACCAGAUCUUUCACCCUUCCUGUGUACCACUAAAUUAUUCUUAUGGCUCUAGUGCUUUCUCUGAAUGCCAUUAAACAUUUGAGUUCAUUCAGGAGAUAAACCAUGUCAAUAUUUAAAGUUAAAUAUUUUAAUCGUAAUUGCCCAUACACUGUAAAACACAAAGUUCAUACAGCAGGUGCAACAUAUCAGUGAUCAGAGUGCAAGAACUCAGCACAAAAAUAGCUACCACUAAUGAAAGCUCAUAUGGAAGGAAAACAGUAUCAAUGUUUAGAAUGUCCAAAAUGCUUCUAUCGUAAACGCUCCCUUAUAACACACAUGGCAGUUCAUACAGGAGAUAAACCAUACAAGUGUUCAGAGUGUCUCAGAUGCUUUAGUGUAAAAAGUAAUCUUGUAAGACACAAAAAAAUUCAUACAGGUGACAAACCUUAUCCGUGUUCAAAGUGUCGGAGAUGUUUUAGCACAAAAAGUUCUCUUUUAGAACAUGAAAAAGUUCACACUAGCCAUAAACCAUAUCAGUGUUCAGUGUGUCUGAAAUGCUUUAGCCGUAAAGGGCAUCUUAUAAUUCAUUUAAGAGUUCAUACAGAAGAUAAACCAUAUCAGUGUUCAGUAUGUCUGAAAUGCUUCAGUGUAAAAAGCAAUUUUGAAAAUCACAAGAAAGUUCAUACAGGAGAUAAACCAUAUCAGUGCUCAGAGUGUCUGAAAUGCUUUAGUGUAAAACGCUCUCUUGUUGAACACAAAAAGGUUCAUACUGAAAAUAAACCGUAUCAGUGUUUGGCAUGUCUGAAAUGCUUUAGCCGUAAAGGCUAUCUUAAUAAACAUAAUCUAGUUCAUACAGGAUAUAAACCAUAUCAGUGUUCAGAGUGUCUAAAAUGCUUUAGUGUAAAAAUCAGUCUUAUGAAACACAAGAAUGUUCACACAGGUGAUAAACCAUAUGAGUGUUCAGAGUGUCUGAAAAGCUUUACUGUUAAAACCUCUCUUGUAGAACAUGAGAAAGUUCAUACCAGAAAUAAAUCAUUUCAGUGCUCAGUGUGUUUGAAAUGUUUUAGCCAAAAAGGCAAUCUUAUAAAUCAUAUCAGAGUUCAUACAGGAGAUAAACCGUAUCAGUGUUUAGAAUGUCUAAAAUGUUUUAGUGAAAAAAGCUCUCUUGUAAAACAUGAGAAAGUUCAUACUGGCAAUAAACCAUAUCAGUGUUCAGUGUGUCUAAAACAUUUUAGCCAAAAAUGCCAUCUUGUAAAGCAUACCAGAGUUCAUACAGGAGAUAAACCCUAUCAGUGUUCAGAGUGUCUGAAAUGUUUUAGUGGGAUAAGUUCCCUUGUCAAGCAUGAAAAAAUUCAUUCUGUGUAAAGCACAUCACUGUUCAGUGUCUGAAAGCUUAGAGUUAAAAAUGCUACCUUAAAAUACAUUUUAGAGUUCAUGCAGUUCAAACUGUGUCUGUAUGUCCAUUCUUCCUCUUGUUUUUGGAUAUUUUAUCUUUCAUUGAAAUCUGCUUUUUGCAAAACAGAAAAAGUUCAUUGUUCCACUCAGUUCUUGCAUUCCUUCAAAUAGUAUUUCUACAAUGAUUGUGUUGCUGCACCCAAAGAAAACUGUCAUCUUAGGUCGUGCUGGGUAACUUAUUAGUAGGACAUUGAGUUGCUAUGCUCCUGCCAUCUGGUGGCUAGAGUAUUGUUGAAAGUUAGUAGCAGAUCCUGAAGUGGCAACUGAAUAUGAAUUCUGACAUUUAUUCUGGUUAGUCCUUUAUCAUUGUGCUAUGUGAUGUUAGCUCCAUUGAUGCACUGUUGAUGCAAACAGUUAUGAUAAACUUACCCAGUUAAUUUUGGAUAUGUUAUCUGGGUGAUGCAGACAUUGUUAUGAUGGAGGCAGUGUUACUGGUCACAUUGGUAGCAAAUGUUGCUCAUAAUAAUCUAUAGAUUCUUUUGUUUCAUUCUCAGAGAUGCUUUUCCUUUUCUUGUUCUUUCAUGUUUUAAGACUACCAUCUUCUGGUCUCCAUGUGGUGAUACUGCUCAGGGCUCAAGUUUCUGAAGCUCAAUGCCAUAUGGCUUCAGCUUCCCUCCUGGAUGCAGCCACCUGUUACUUGUUUCUGACUAUAACUUUGGUGUCUCCUUUCAUGAUUUAUGUGUUAUUCUUGUGAUUUUCAUUGAGUGCUCUCUAUAGCCUUGCUAUCCCUACUGCCUCAAAUAUGCUUGUCCUUCCUCUUGCCUCAAUAGAAUAGAGCCCCAUUGCCGGGUUCCUUUGCCUCUCCGAGAUAUCACUUUCCCACCUACUUGUGUCUUUUAAUUUUUUUUGCUUCAGAAAAAUGAAGUUGAUGAUAUCACAUUUUGGUGUUUGCACCAAAAUCUCGCAUGUGGAAAUAAAAUUUCAACCCAGUAGUUGCUGCCACAUUGUGCCCAGAGUAGAAACUGUCCUUGCUCAAUGGCCAUGUAUAUUUUGUAUUUAGUAUUUUACUUGAGUUUUACUUGAACAUUAAAAAGGAAGACUGUUUCAAAUAACUCAAAAUAUGAAGACUACAGUAGACCGUCAUAUCACACAGUAAUUACGUUCCUGAAAACACCAUGUUAGGUAAAUCUAUGUUAGAUAAACUGAGGAACUUAUGGGAAAAAUAAGGUUACAUUCCUAAGACCCCCGAAAAAAACAAACAGCUUUUUUUAGACCUUUAGAUCUUACAAAAAUAAAAGUAAAUAUGUAAUUGUUGUUCAUUGUUGUGAUGUAUUGUGUUGUUUUUACUGCUUGGGAUUACAGUUGCAACAGAAAUAAUGGCAUUUCUUAUGUUAAAUUGUGGAUGUUGGUGUUUGUCAAUGAUUGUGAAGAGAGUGGAGAGUUAUACUGUGACCCUACUGGACUGAAGUGGAUGGUAGAGGUUCUGGUACUGAAGUUGAUGGUUGUACUUGAGUGUGUAAUGGAUUUCUGGGCUGUUUUACCUUGCAGUACAUUAUACAGCUGAUGGUGAGGCAUCAGCUUCUCUAGACACUGUUUCAGAGCAAUGCUAGAUUUGUCAGGGUUGUCUUCAGUGAAAAGUCUAACUUUAAGUCAGUACAGUUAGUAAGUCAGUCAGGUCAGUCAGUAAAUCAGUCAGUCAAGUCAGUAAGUCAGUAAAACAGUCAGUAAGCCACUCAGUGAGAUGAUAUCCUGGGUUAUUCAUUACACAAAGUUGUAUAUUUACC